AUGUCGAGUCCACCACCUUUCCAUUUCGAAAAACAGUCGGUCUUACCGUCUAGUGACCCCAAAUCCCCCUUCUUCUGUAACCUCCCCUUCUACGAAUCCAAACCCAUCGACCAUCUUAUUGAUUUCUUCAAGUACUGGAAGUACUUUAUCAAAGCAAUCUUAUACUACUUUAAGGAGAUCGCUCUUGUCAAGGAAUUGGAAGCAAACCUAAACUACCAACUCAUCAAUGCCGUCCAGUUCCCUGGAUUUAAAGAUUUGCCAAACAAGAUCUUACAAGAAAUAAGUGCCAGCAACAACGCCGGUGUGGUAUCCCCUAAAAACGGCACGCCAACCAACGAAUUGAAAAAAACUUUAUCAAACACCAGUAUUGCCACGACAACCUCCGAAAAACGUCCUGGAUUGUUCAAACAAAAAUCCAAUGGCGGUAACAACCCAUUUUUAAAGUCUAACCCAUUGCAUAAACGUAACAGCUCAUUAACAUCUAUCAAGCUGCAAAGCGGACCACCAACACCGCCACCAACACAACCAUCGGGAUUCGUAUUGCCGCCAGCCCCCAAAGCUGAACCGACCAACGACGUCAAAAUCCCAGCAUCAUUCUUCCCGGACGACUCAAUCUAUACAAACUUCCCGUCAUUGCUUCUCAGUUCCCACCACACAUUGUUCAACAACAGUUUUAAGCUCACCAAAGAACUAAACUCAAAGCUCAUUCCCAGACUAGAAAUGUUAUUGAAGCAGUUGUCACAUAAGAUCAAGGAAAUCAAAACUUCAUUAAAGAACGACUCAUUCGCUAAUAAGGAUUUGUUAAAGGAGAUUUCCAAAACCGGACAGGCAUUGCGGAGGUACACCUCUGCCGUUGAACUUUACUGUGGAGAAGUCCCAGUCACCAAAAAGUAUGUUGACGACGAAGAAGAACUCGCUGCUUUGGACGACCCGCUCUUGGUAAAGUUGCAGGUCGACUAUAGGUUGAAAAACCAGUUGAUUAUGGAAAACUACAUGUUUGCAUCGUACCUAAACUUGCAAGGUAUUGCCCGCGACUUGUUCACCUACAUCCUAAAAGAAUUGCACUGGGUCAUUGACAAGUUUGGAAAACUCCACUUCAACUCCGAGUACCACCAGUUCCUAAAAACCAAAGUCAGCAACUCGUCAACCCACGAUUGGCAAUACUUCAUUUCGCACAACCCGUGCUUUAUCAACACCGCCGAGUCUACCGAAGAAAACCCAAAAAGAGAAAACCGGACAUUCAAGGCAAUACAAUUGCCCUACGACAACUCCGUCCAAAACAAGUGUAUACGUUUUGGGAUGAUGUACAAGAAAUCCAAAGUCAUGAAAAGCUACACCCGUUGCUACUACGUCUUGUCAUGUAACUACCUCCACGAGUUCAAGUUCGACGAGGAUGUCAACGUCACUGGCAAAAAAUCAAAAGAUAAGAUUGGCGGAUUCAUCGGCCACGACACCGAACCAAUCAAAUCAUACAACUUGAACGAGUACACAAUCACCCCCAAGAACGACUCGUCAUACAAAUUCGUAUUAUCAAAAAACAACACCAAGUCCAAGAGAACGUUCAAGUGUGCUACGGAAUCUGACUACAACAACUGGUUCAGGGAUUUGUCGGAGUUGUUAAAGUUUGGCAGCGACCAUUACGCAAGGUACUCGUUCAUCCAAAAGAAAGUACACCUCUACAGAGCUUCAACUGUGCCAGAAGGCAAGGCCGGUCUCAAAUUGGAUUUAGGAAACGCCCUGACACCAGCAUUGACGGGUAUGUUCACCCCAAGUAUCAGAACCCCCAAGCAGUCGCCAUCUGAAGAUAACCCAUUUGAAAAUAUGUUGUCGGAUAUCCCUACUCACUCACCAACAGGCACACCAAAGGUCUUGACUCCAGAACAGUCUUCUACCAACCUUGUUGCUGUUGAUACCCAACACCACGAGUACCUCAAAUUGCAAAAUGCAUUCUUGCACCAACAGCAAGAGUUAUUGGACAUGAAGAUGAAGGAAACAAGCUCGUUUGACUUGAUCCAGAAAAAGUUGGAUAAAAUCCACGAACACCAAAGCCCAUACUUGUCAACAAAAGGGUCAUCGGAUUCAUUAAACUCGUUUGUCAUCCCACUGCAAGCUGUGCCUGCUGCUCAACAAGUCAUCGACGAUCAUUUAAAGCACCAUUCCGACAAGCCAAUAGUAUUUAACCUUGGCGAAGCGGCAGAUGCCAACGCCGAAGGCAGCACCCCUCCUAUUCCUACUGUUUUGAUUAGUGAAAACCAUUGA